GUAUCACUGCAGAGCUGAGCUGCAGGGGCAGCAGAGGCAGAGAGAAGAGAGAGCUCUAACUCCAGAUCAGUGAGACACAGGCAGACAGACAGACAGACAGACAGGCACACAGACUGACUGACAGACACACCGCCGGACCAUCAUGGACUGGAUCAGGACACAGAAACCCGUCUCCGGAUGAGACAGGACAGCCUGGCUUCUGUUUUUUGGGGGGACUCUGCUAUAGAUACGUGGAAUAACCGACAACCUAUUGGGAGAUUUAACCCCGUGCUACCCGUGAUGGAAUAUUUACACUCUUCUCAUUUUCCAAUUUUUCUCCUGUUCUCUUCCUCCUACUUCUCUUCCUCCAACACCUCCACCUCCUCUUCUUCGUCCUCUCACAUUUUGACACGCUGAUGAAGAUGCGCACGAAUGCGUCUUUUGCGCACUUCUAUUGCGACCGUCACUGACAGCGCCCGUGCUUUAUAACCUUUUUGAAACCCUAUUGUUUUUAGACAGCCGGGAGAGGAGAGAAAGAAGUGGAGUGAGCGAGAGAGCGAACGAGGUGUGAAUUGAAUUGAACGCGGUGCUGGUCUCAUGUUUCACGCCUAGGGCCCGGAUGUACCGAGAGAUGCACCGGUGCGUUUUCCCAACCGGUUCCGCCGAAAGCUCCCUCAUUUUUCUCGCCUUCUCCUCCAUCAUGGGGAUUAGGUAAUAUUCACUCCAUCCGAAGAAACCCUCCCCAUAAACUAAAAUAACGGAAUACCCAAGACUGUCCGUGUCAGACAGUUAUUUCUUCUUUUUUCCCCCCCACCCCCCCUUUUUAAUUUCUUUAUUUUUGGGGGCUUUUUUUUCCUCGUUAUUUUCCCUCCGCCUCUCCAGCCUUUUCCUCUCUCUCUCUUCCAUUCAACUAUAGGGAUAACGCCGGACUACAUUUAUGGUAAAUGAAAGCAAAAACAUGUACAUCCCGGAGGACACCCUUGAGAACCAUCAAGGCUCCGACUACUCUCCUCCUCCCCCCCUUCCUCCCCCCGUCCUGAGCAACGAGCACAGUGGAAGUGGUAGCCAUGGUGACCACGGUGGAGGAGGGGGCGGGGUCAACCACGGGUUAGGGGUGGUGGGCCUGGCCCCGGAGCACAUCGCCACACCGGGGGCAGCCCUGAGCUGGCAGGCGGCCAUCGACGCUGCGCGGCAGGCGAAGAUGAUGGGCAAUGCCGCAUCGGGCGGAGGGGCGGGGCUUGGGUCGGGAGUGGGCGGGCCCAUCUCCACGGCCAGCUCCACGCAAAGGAAGAGACAACACUAUAGCUCUAAGCCCAAGAAACAGACAACGACGACAGCCACAAGGCCGCCUCGGGCCCUACUCUGUCUCACACUCAAGAACCCCAUCCGCAGGGCCUGCAUCAGCAUCGUGGAGUGGAAACCGUUUGAGAUCAUCAUCCUGAUGACCAUUUUCGCCAACUGUGUGGCCUUAGCCGUCUACAUCCCCUUCCCUGAGGAUGACUCAAACGCCACCAACUCCAACCUGGAGCGUGUGGAGUAUCUGUUUCUCAUCAUUUUCACGGUGGAGGCAUUCUUGAAGGUAAUAGCCUACGGCCUGCUCUUCCACCCCAACGCUUACCUGAGGAACGGAUGGAAUCUGCUCGACUUCAUCAUCGUAGUCGUAGGGUUAUUCAGUGCCAUCUUAGAGCAGGCCACCAAGGGGGACGGUGCCACUCCUAUUGGAGGGAAGGCAGCGGGCUUCGAUGUCAAGGCUCUAAGGGCGUUUAGAGUACUCAGACCCCUCAGACUGGUCUCUGGAGUACCCAGUUUACAGGUAGUGUUGAACUCCAUAAUCAAAGCCAUGGUUCCUCUGCUCCAUAUCGCCCUGCUUGUCCUCUUCGUCAUCAUCAUCUAUGCCAUCAUCGGCCUGGAGCUCUUCAUGGGCAAGAUGCACAAAACCUGCACUCACCAGAAUACAGGCACCAUUGCGGAGGAAAAGCCGGCACCGUGUGCACCUGACGGAGCUUACGGUCGACACUGUAAAUACAACGGAACAGAGUGCAGAGUGGGAUGGGAGGGCCCAAACGAUGGCAUCACCAACUUUGACAACUUUGCCUUUGCCAUGUUGACGGUGUUCCAGUGUAUAACCAUGGAGGGCUGGACAGACGUGCUGUACUGGGUGAAUGAUGCAGUAGGGUACAUGUGGCCCUGGAUAUAUUUUGUCACCUUAAUCAUCAUCGGAUCCUUCUUUGUGCUAAACUUGGUUCUGGGGGUAUUGAGCGGAGAGUUUUCCAAGGAGAGAGAGAAGGCCAAGGCACGUGGUGACUUCCAGAAACUCAGAGAAAAACAGCAACUGGAGGAGGACCUCAAGGGCUAUUUAGACUGGAUCACUCAGGCUGAAGACAUUGACCCAGAGAAUGAAGAGGAGGGCAUGGAUGAUGACAAACCUAGAAACCUGAGCAUGCCAGCCAGUGAGAAUGAAUCAGUCAACACAGACAACGCCCCCGGGGGAGACGUGGAGGGAGAGACCUGCUGUACCCGGCUAGCAAAUAGGAUCUCCAAAUCCAAGUUCAGUCGAUACUCUCGGAGGUGGAACAGGCUGUGUAGGAGGAAGUGCCGGGCAGGGGUCAAAUCACAGGUUUUCUAUUGGCUGGUCAUCUUCCUGGUUUUCCUCAACACUCUGACCAUUGCCUCUGAACAUCACCAGCAGCCUCAGUGGCUAACCGAUGUACAAGACAUAGCUAACAAGGUGUUGCUAGCACUCUUCACUGGUGAGAUGCUGUUGAAGAUGUACAGUCUGGGUCUGCAGGCAUACUUUGUUUCGCUCUUUAAUCGCUUCGACAGCUUUGUAGUAUGUGGCGGAAUUCUUGAGACCAUUCUGGUGGAAACCAAGAUCAUGUCUCCUCUCGGCAUCUCUGUGUUACGUUGCGUACGCUUGCUUCGAAUCUUCAAAAUUACCAGAUACUGGAACUCCCUGUCCAACCUGGUGGCCUCCUUGCUAAACUCUGUUCGCUCUAUCGCUUCCCUGCUGCUCCUGCUGUUCCUCUUCAUCAUCAUCUUCUCACUGCUCGGCAUGCAGCUAUUUGGGGGAAAAUUCAACUUCGACGAGACCAGACGCAGCACCUUUGACAACUUUCCACAGUCUCUGCUCACUGUGUUUCAGAUCCUAACAGGAGAGGACUGGAAUUCUGUGAUGUAUGAUGGUAUCAUGGCAUACGGUGGACCGUCCUUCCCCGGCAUGCUGGUCUGCAUCUAUUUCAUCAUCCUCUUCAUCUGCGGAAACUAUAUCCUACUGAAUGUCUUCUUGGCCAUCGCUGUUGACAAUCUGGCAGACGCUGAGAGCCUGACAUCUGCCCAGAAAGAAGAAGAAGAGGAGAAGGAGAGGAAAAAGCUGGCCAGGUUGGCCAGUCCAGAGAAGCGGCAUGCCAACGAGAAGCCGCCUCUGAAGGAGGAGAAGAAGAAGGAGAAGAUAGAGUUGAAGUCCAUUACUUCUGAUGGAGAGACCAACACUGCUACUAAGAUUACCAUGGAUGACUACUGUGGUGAUGAGACUGAAGAGAAGAACCCAUAUCCUGCCAAUGAUUACAUAGGAGACGAGGAUGACGAAGAGCCAGAGAUGCCAGUAGGACCAAGGCCGCGGCCACUCUCUGACAUUCAGUUGAAGGAGAAAGCCAUUCCCAUGCCUGAGGCCCGUGCUUUCUUCGUCUUCAGCCACACCAACCAAUUCAGGGUUCUGUGCCAUAAGAUCGUCAACCACAACAUCUUCACCAACCUCAUCCUCUUCUUCAUCCUGCUCAGCAGCAUCAGUCUGGCAGCAGAGGACCCGGUCAAGAACGACUCCUUCAGAAACCAGAUCCUAGGCUAUGCAGACCACGUCUUUACUGGACUCUUCACCAUAGAGAUUAUUCUUAAGAUGACAGCAUAUGGGGCAUUCCUCCAUAAAGGUUCAUUCUGUAGAAACUAUUUCAAUAUUCUGGACCUGGUGGUGGUCAGUGUGUCCCUCAUCUCCUCUGGAAUACAGUCCAGUGCAAUUAAUGUGGUGAAGAUCUUGAGAGUUCUGCGAGUGCUCAGACCACUGAGGGCCAUUAAUAGAGCCAAAGGACUUAAGCAUGUAGUGCAGUGUGUGUUUGUGGCCAUCCGGACCAUCGGCAACAUUGUCAUCGUUACCACGUUGCUCCAGUUCAUGUUCGCCUGCAUUGGAGUACAACUCUUUAAGGGCAAGUUCUUCUACUGUAGCGACAGCUCCAAACAAACUUAUGCAGAAUGCAGGGGUUUCUACAUUAUGUAUAAGGAUGGUGAUGUGGGGAAGCCUGAAAGAUCCGAGAGAAAGUGGGAGAACAGUGACUUUAACUUUGACGAUGUCCUCCAAGGCAUGAUGGCUCUGUUUGCUGUGUCUACCUUCGAGGGCUGGCCAGGAUUACUGUACCGGGCCAUAGACUCUCACACUGAGGAUGUUGGGCCCAUCUACAACUACCGCGUGGUCAUCUCCAUCUUCUUUAUCAUCUACAUCAUCAUCAUUGCCUUCUUCAUGAUGAACAUCUUCGUCGGUUUUGUCAUCGUCACAUUCCAGGAGCAAGGAGAGCAAGAAUAUAAGAACUGUGAGCUGGACAAGAACCAGCGUCAGUGUGUGGAGUAUGCUUUGAAGGCACGUCCGUUGCGUCGAUACAUCCCCAAGAACCCUUACCAGUACAAGGUGUGGUAUGUGGUCAACUCCACCUACUUUGAGUACCUGAUGUUCACACUCAUCCUUCUCAACACCAUCUGUCUGGCCAUGCAGCAUCAUGGACAGACGAAAAAUUUCAAUGAUGCCAUGAACAUUCUCAACAUGCUCUUCACUGGACUCUUUACUGUGGAGAUGAUCCUUAAACUGAUCGCCUUCAAACCCAGGGGGUACUUUAGUGAUCCCUGGAAUGUGUUUGAUUUCCUCAUCGUAAUUGGCAGCAUAAUAGACGUCAUUCUCAGUGAGAUCAACCCAGCUGACUCCUCCUCGUCCUCGUCCUCCUCCUCUUCGCCCUCCUCCUCCUCCUCUUCCUCCUCUCACCCCCCUGUGGUAAGGCCAAUGGUACGCUCCAACGGUAACCUCGUACGCCUCCCUACCUCCUCCACCAUCCCUCCAUCCCUCCAUCCUUCCAUCCCUCCUUCUGCUACGCCAACCAUGGGACUGCAGAACUCUGAAGAGAACGCCAGGAUCUCCAUCACCUUCUUCCGGCUGUUCCGCGUGAUGAGGCUGGUGAAGCUGCUGUCUCGCGGGGAAGGGAUUCGGACCCUGCUGUGGACCUUCAUCAAAUCCUUCCAAGCUCUGCCCUACGUAGCUCUGCUUAUAGUGAUGCUAUUCUUCAUAUACGCUGUCAUCGGCAUGCAGAUGUUUGGUAAGAUAGCGCUGCGGGACCACACACAGAUCAACAGGAACAACAAUUUUCAGACGUUCCCUCAGGCAGUGCUGCUGCUCUUCAGAUGUGCAACAGGUGAGGCAUGGCAGGAGAUCAUGCUGGCGUGCUCGCCCGAUCGGCCGUGUGAGAAAGGAUCAACUAAUGAGAACAACACGGCUAACGAGGACUGUGGCAGCCAGUUUUCCAUUAUUUACUUUGUCAGCUUCUACAUGCUCUGUGCCUUUCUGAUCAUAAACUUGUUUGUGGCCGUCAUCAUGGACAACUUUGACUACCUGACACGUGAUUGGUCGAUCCUGGGGCCUCAUCAUCUUGACGAAUUCAAGAGGAUCUGGGCUGAAUAUGACCCAGAGGCUAAGGGGAGGAUAAAGCACCUGGAUGUUGUGACUCUGCUGCGGAGAAUCCAGCCUCCCCUCGGCUUUGGAAAGCUCUGUCCACACAGGGUGGCCUGCAAGCGUCUGGUGUCGAUGAACAUGCCUUUGAACAGUGAUGGAACAGUGAUGUUCAAUGCCACGCUGUUUGCCCUGGUCAGAACAGCACUCAGGAUCAAGACAGAUGGUAACCUAGAGCAGGCCAAUGAGGAACUGAGGUCAAUAGUGAAGAAGAUCUGGAAGAGAACCAGCAUGAAGCUCUUGGAUCAAGUAGUGCCCCCUGCUGGAGAUGAUGAGGUAACAGUCGGGAAGUUCUACGCUACCUUCCUCAUCCAGGAAUAUUUCCGCAAGUUUAAGAAGAGGAAAGAACAGGGGCUGGUGGCCAAGGUGGCCCCCAAAACUGCCCUUUCUCUGCAGGCGGGCCUGCGGACUUUGCAUGACAUCGGUCCAGAGAUUCGGAGGGCCAUCUCUGGAGACCUGACCGUGGAGGAGGAGCUGGAUAAAGGCCUGAAGGAGCCUGUGUCGGCUGCAUCCGAGGACGAUAUCUUCAGGCGUACCGGUGGGUUGUUCAGCAACCACGUCAACUACUACAACCAGAGCGAUGGCCACAGUUCCUUCCCACAGUCCUUUACUACCCAGCGUCCCUUGCACAUCAGCCAGAAGGGCUCCCCUUGCGAAGGCGAGAGCCCGUCCCACGAGAAGCUUAUGGACUCGACCACUUUCACCCCUUCCUCUUACUCUUCAUCAGGCUCCAACGCAAACAUCAACAAUGCCAACAACACUAGCAUGGUCGGUGUGACGACCCAGGGAAUCAGUCGAUUCCCAAGCCCGUCCAUAAGCACUGUGGACGGGCACACAGGACAGCCACUCACCCCCAUCCUGCUGCCAAGAUCUGCAUGGUGCUUUCCUCCAAAGAGCUCGGACUUAAGUGACAGCCGUCUGCCAAUUAUCCGAAGAGGCGAGGGGUCAACGGAGGAGACGUAUGAUGAGAGCUACGGCGACGACAGGGAGUACCACGAGGCCGACCACUCGCUCUCCUCUGACAUGCUGGUGUAUCAUGAUGAGACAUUUAAGCAGUUGACUCCCAUGGAGGAAGGAGAGGAGGUAGAAGACAGAAGAGGAGGAGGAGGGUGGCAGUCUCCCAGGAGAGUCUUCCUCUGCCCCACUUCUCUGGGGCGGAGAUCGUCCUUCCAUCUGGAGUGUCUCAGGAGACAGUCAAAGCCAGACAUCUCCCAGAAGACGAGUGUACCGCUACAUCUUGUACAUCAUCAGGCUCUGGCAGUCGCAGGGUUGAGUCCUCUGUUAAGAAGGAGUCACUCCCCUACCCUCUUCAGCCAACUGUGCUCCACGCCUCCAGCUAGUCCCUUAGCCCAUGGCAGUGAUGCCUCGUACCAACGAGUGCCCUCUCUGAGGCUAGAGGGCUCCUCCUCCCAUGAAAAGCUCAAUACCAGCUUGCCCUCUGUCAACUCUGGGCCCUGGUACAACGACAGUAAUGGGAACAGCCGGGUGCCCAGUCCUAGCCCCAGCGUGUCAGUGUCCAAUCAAAGACCACAACGGCCGGUGUCGCUCACAGUGCCCUCGCUACUGGGCAAAGACUCCAGCUCACUGUGUCACGGCAGUGCAGGCAGUCUGGUGGAGGCGGUGCUAAUAUCAGAGGGUUUGGGGCAUUUCGCCCAGGACCCGUCGUUCAUCGAGGCGACCAAAGCCGAGUUGGCUGAUGCAUGUGACAUGACCAUUGAAGAGAUGGAGCACGCCGCUAACAACAUUCUCAACGGCAACGCCGCCACCAACGCCACAUCCUGCACCUCCUCCACCUCCCAGCACAGCCCCAACGGCAACCUCCUCCCCUUCCACACAGCAGCAGCAACGCACAGGGACCAAGUGGUCAGCGAGGGCGGGGAAGAAGCCAGAGGAAGCAGAGGCUCUGUCCAUGAGCCGUCCUCGGUGGAGGAGCGGCAGGAGCUGCUAGCAGGGGGGAGGGGACGAGAAGAGGAGGAGGAAGAGGCGGUAGGGCGGGAGGAGGGGCAACACAGAAGCUUGGUUGUGAUUGGAGGAGCGCAGCACAGGAACAGCGGGCUGUUGGAGGACGAGGAUAUGGAGUGUGUGACGAGUUUGUAGGAGUUAGAUUGACGGGUUUGAUUGGCCAACUGGCCCCUCUGACAUCAUCAGAGACUGACGCUUGUCAGUGCUGGGUAACAGCGCCGCAGCUAGCUCUGUCUGUCCCCGCCCCACUCACACACACACACACACACACACACACACACACACACACACACACACACACACACACACAGUGUCUGCCUCUCUGCCAGACGUAACCGCUCUGGACAAUGGCGGCCAGUGACGCAACCAAACACCUGGUUAUGACUUUGUUGGUUAAUAUGACUUUGUAUGUGUGUGAAUGUUUGUAGUCAAGUAUACCACACUAUACUCUAUACUAUCUGAGUGUAUGCUUGUAUGUGACCUAUGAUUUGUACGCGUGCGUGAGUGCGUGUGUUCUACACGUGUCUGAGUGUGUCUCUAAAGUGCCUCACAGUUUUAUCAUGUCCUCAAAGUGUGAAGAGCAGAAAAGUAGAGAGAAGCAAAAAAGCAAGGAUAAAGUAGAAAUGAAGGAAAGGUAGAAAGGAAACAACAGAAGCAGGAAGUCCUUUUAUGGAUUUCCUGCAGUCAACAUAGUGUGUUUAUUGUUUUCAUUUCUUAUGCCUACUUAGGUGUUGUGUUAGUGUUGUUUGUCUGGCCGCCAUGAAGCCAGGUAGGGGACAGCAGACCAGCUCGGGGGGGUGGGGUCAGUUAAGGAUUUCAAUCUGACCACACCCACUUGUGGUCAAAGGUCAACACCUCCUUCUUGGUUCACUGAUGAUGAAGCGCUGUAUUGAGUAAACGGGGCGAGGAAAAACCCUGUGUGAAAUCUCUUCCUCUUCCAAAGCUAAGGAACCUUGGAGCACAGCCCUGCCAGCCUGGGGGUGGUAUUAAGGUGACACACCACCCCUUGCCAAAAAUCCCCAAGAUUUUAGGGAUGGCUCAACAGCCACAACAGGGCUUCUGUAGGGGGCCACAGGCAGAGAGAGACACUCUCUGGCCAACAGGAGGCUGGCCAGCUCUUUUGUCCGCUGUUCAGCGAGAGACAAACUCACCUCGUUCGUCACCUUGAUCUGGCAUCGCCUCCUCUGCCGCUUUUCCUUCUUUGACCACGCCCACCACCUGCCCCAAACAGGAAAUAGGAGGAGCAUUUGGUGGCUAAGCAAAGACAGCAAGCCCCCUUUUCUGCCUCAUACCUCGCCGUUCCUUACUCCUUCCUCCCUCUUAUUUGGUUAUUCCACGACCCCUCUUCCUCCAUCGCUGGGUUUUUUGCUUUUUUAGCCCUCGGGAGGUGAGUGUGUCAAAUGGGGCAACAGAGACGGAGGGUGGAGGAGAGAACGGGAGUGACCGAUUGAAAAGAAAACAAACUCGGGGCAUGGAUCUACAGAGGAUCUGUCAGUCAAUCAACCUCACUUCCUUCUCCAAGACCCUCCUCUUCCUCUCAGCGUAGAAUCCUAUUGGAUUUGCUGCCACACACUCUCUCUACAGACCACGCCCACUAUGUAUUUAACAGUUCAAUAUUGUGCAAAACUGGCUAGCCAUGACUAUUUUGUUUUAUAUUCAUGAUGUUAUUGGUUUAAUUUAUCCUUGAUUUGUUUGCACAAUCGGGGUGCUGUUCUUAUAAAUGUAUUUUUGCUCGGUUUAUUUUAGGAGAAUUUUAAGAGGUUUUAAGUAUUGAAGCAGGGCGUAGUGUUUGCGUGCGAGUGUAUAACUAUAUUGGUGCGUGCGGGUGUGUGUCUGCGUUUUAGUACAGAAUGUAUGUAUGCACGAAUGUGUGAGAUAGUGUGUGUGUAUCUAAAAGGGGGUCUUUCUCUCUAUCAGUAUGCACCUUUUACAGAUUGUAUCUAUUUAUUUAUUUAUUUUUCCCAGAAGAGAAAAAUGUGUGUGAGAAUGUGCAUUUGUAUGUGUGUGUGCCUGUGUCCGAGUGGUUACUUAUGUAUUCUAAACAGCUGAUUUUAAGCCUAGACAGUAAAUUAAGGUAGCAUUACAAGUAUGGUAUUUUGUGCGUGUGUGCGCGCAAGGGUGUGUGUGUGUGUGUGUGUGUGUGUGUGUGUAUAUGUGAUAAUGGGCCUCCUUAACACAGGGUUACCAUGGACAGGCAUGCUUCCAAAGCUUUGGGAUUUCUUUAGCACGGUUUUUACUUUUUAGCCAAGCUGCAGUCAGAAGCCAUUCUAUCUUUGAAAUUUUGUCAUCGUAUAAUUUUUCUUUAUUUCUCUGUUUAGAUGUAAUUAGGCGUACGGUCUCCAGCGAGGUCAGAGUGACGGUAAAGUUUACAGUAGUGAUGAGUUUUGGCAUUGCAGCUUGGCCAGAAGGGAACAAGCCUUUUGGCAAUUGCUGCUUUUCUUCUUUAUGGUGGAUUGUUGCUCUGAAUGGUAGAAGCACCAAAUUCACACUGCCACAGUGACGCCUCGUGAAUGAACUGGGGGGUGACGCACUGAUUGCUCGGCUUUAACACACCAUAAUCACACAAUUUCAUAAUUUAAUCGUAGUUUAAACUCCAAAUGAACUAUUAGGGCUGGUGUACAGAUGCUGCAAGACUUCUGAAUCACAUCUCUUUGUCUGAGGUCUGCUCAUAUCACAAAACAUUAUGAUUUAUUGUCAUUGUUAGAAAUAAAACAGCUCCCUGUCUGUAAUAUCAUUUACUGGUAAAACUAAUUACUGAAAUAAAUUAUACUACAAACAGGUCAUUUACUGUCAGUUGAUAAGAUGUGAUAAUUGUUUGGUUAACAUGAAAACGAAUUGAAUACAGAUCAGUAAACUGUCAGCUUGGAGGGAAGUUGUGUCCUGGAUGAUUCCCCAGUGGUGUGAUUUUUGUCUUUUUAUUUUCUUCUAAUGGCUUUUAGGUAGCAUGCUCACAACCUUUUACUGACCUUUAUCUUUUAUAGUUUGGAUUCACCUGAGAUAAGGUAUGACCACAUGAUGCCAUGGCCAGUUAUGGACCUCAGGCACCUCAGUACAUUACACAGGGCACAGGUCUCCCCUUGGUGUUGUAUCUUCUCCAAAAAAAAAAACAUUCCUAAUGUCAGUAUCACAUCCUUGGUGCCAAUUGUCACAUUUAUUGAACAACUUUAUAGUAUUUAAAACUGAAAUGAUUCAGUUCAGCUCUCUAAACCGUUAAAACAUAAUUGUCGUUGCCACCACAAUCCGGAUGCAAAGUCAACUGUACACUAGGCUAGUAUUAAAAGCCUGUAUCUUACCAGACCAGUGCUCACAUGCAGGUACAUCUCAGUGGAUCUAGGCAAAAAGAUUUUCUAUGGUCAAUUUUAUGUUCGGGUUAGAGCAUUAAAAAACGUACUUUUAAACUUACACUCUCUUAUUAGCUCAAAAGAAAAUUCUAAUAUUUUGCAACAGAUGUUUAUCUCUAAAGAUUUCACUUUUAAAUACAUUGAAUUCCCACCCAGAGACACUUUCACAUGUAAACUUAUAGCCAUUAGUUUUCACUUUAAUUUACCAUUCCGGACUAACUGCUGAGCUCUCAUUCCUACAUGUUAACAUGUUAAGCAGAGCAGGUUUGUGGCAGGGAAGGGUAUGCAUGAACACACUGCCAUACACUGCAUCCUGUGCCAGUAACAGACUUCUGACAUUAUUAUGCAAACUAAAUGUGAAUGUUGAACGUGUUUUAGUGGCAGUGCUGUUGUUGUUUUGUGGUUAUUAUCAUACUGCAAGGCCUGAAGAAGUCUGUGUUGUCAAAGGAAUACCCUCCCUGACAUGUAGUCUGUUCUUUUCUUCCUUUGGCCUCAUAAAACAUCUUCAGUAUUUCUUUUUUUCUUUCAGUUAUUUUAAAAGCAACUCAUUAAAAUAGUAUUUAUAUUUAAACGACUUGGUACCAUAAGUUAACAGACUACUUUUUGGCUAGUGGCUCACAUCAGUUUCAGUAUUUUAGUCAAACUUUAAGUCUAAAAGUUAGGAAAGCAGAUUUAAAGUGUGGUCAAACAUGUUAAUGUGUGUGCAGCGAAGCACUUGGGUUCAGUUUUUGUGUGCACAAUCUCACUUUGUGCUUUGGUUUUUGUUUCCACACUCUGUCGGAUCAGCCCUGGUAAAGUUGAUUUAACCCUGAACAAAUUUAAAAGAUAUAAUGAGUCCUCCUCCUGGUUAUUAAUGCUGGUUUACUCUAUACCUAAUGACUAUAGGACUAUAGUCUCAAUCCUCAAUAAUAAAUGUAACCAGCAGGCACCUGAAUUGUAAAGUAGUAGUUUUUGUAUCUAAACUGCUACAGAAAAGCCAGUAUAGCAACAGCUGUGGAUGUUACUCUCUCAAGGCAGUAUUGAUAAGAAAACAUGUAAUAAAUGACAUGGUUUCAAUGAAUUAUCCAAAACAGAACCAUUCUCAGACUUGACCAAGUUAAGAAAAAGGAUGGGAAGAUUUCCACAAUCACUGAUCAAUAGUCACAUUCAUAAAUGUUCAUUAUCAUCUCCAGCUUUGAGGAUAAAAGAACAUAGAUAAUGCAUACAUGCACCUCAGAAACUACAGUUCAAAUGCUUUACCUUUGUGUUCCUAAUAAACGUCCACUUACAUAUUAUAGACACACACAUUCAGAGUAACCCCGCAUAUCAGAAGUGCAAACCCGGGCUUUGUUGUUUCUGUUAAAAAGUUCUUUGAUUUCAAACGCUGGUGAGAGAGCUAUAGAGGCAUGUGGUGCCCCUGUGUGGAGUGGAGCAGCAUUGCAGUUUUUAUGUUACAUAUAGGUUGAACUAUGAGUUGUAUAUGGUAUGAGUGGGUGUAAUCCUGCAUCCCACAAGAUAUGCAAAAACAAUGCAAUAACUAUGACUGUAUACAAGGUUUCCCGAAGUAAAUAUAUUUGUGAAAGUGGAAAAAAAAAUAUCAUGACCAUGUAUAGUUCUUUUUUUUUUUUUUUUACAUUUUGACGUAAACUCAGUGGUUUACAUGCCAGAGAAACCUAACAUACUUGAAAUCAGGUACAUUGCAGUGCAGUAUAGUAAAGAGUAUUUAUUUAUCUUUCUCGUGCCAGGGUGUUGGAUCUGCAUCUGCAGUCUAAAAUGUGUAUUGAGACAUCGACAUGAAAUUGGUGUUUUUUGCUUGCGGCUUAACUUCCAGCCAGUGUAGCCCCAGGAUGAAAAUCUGAUCGUUUACUUUGAUGACUCAGCAGCAAAAACAACUAGCUUCACCUCCCUGACUCAAUAUGUGUUUGACUGCAUCUCUUUCUCCUGUUUAUUUCCUGUUUUAAAUGGAUUAAGCUAUUAGGGUGUACCAUCAGUAUUGCAUGAGGUCCACAUGUUGACAUUGAGUGUGCCAGGUUUUGCAGUCUUUUUGUUUUGAUCAGGUUAAGUAUCAUAUCCCAUUAUGACAGUAGCUAUUUCUAUUUAGUGUACAUAUGAUUAAAGUCAGUAUUUUUUCUCUAGAUAAACAUCUGAGUGUGGACAGCAGGAGGGGUGUUCGGAAGGUGAUUUUGCAUAUCUUGUGUCCUCCGGGCUCUUAGUUCAUUUUCUGAUUCCUAACCCCGAGAAGGACAGAGCUCAUGUUUAUAUGAUUGUCGAACGUUGAGAGAGAAAGCAAACUACAGUAUUUUUACUCCACAGUUAUGACAGGUGUCACUAUUUCUUUGCCUAUGUGUUGCCAUAGUCUCUGCUUUCAACUUGUAUCUUUUCCUUGUUUGACAUUUGGAAGAUGGACCAGUGGGAAUCAUUUUUAUGAAAUGGACCAAAUCACCCAUAAUUAGUAGUUUUGUUUUUUACAAAACAUAUUGGUGGCUCAGGACAGACAAACACAGAGGCAGGAGCUACAUAGCACGUACACACUCGAUUGCUUACUUGCUAUGUUCAAGCACAAAGUAAACUGUAUACAUGAAAACGUCAACUUAAAAUCCACAGGUUAAACUGAAGCGGUGUCCCAAUUCCAUACCACACACUAAUUCUGAGCAGUUUUUAAGUAUUUAGUGUGUUCAGAUAUAUAAUGUAAGUAAAAGUAUAAGGGGGACUCGCAAGAUUGAAAGAAGAAUGGUAGAAAUCGAUGGAGCAGAGGCUGAGAUAUCCUGACGUUUAGACCUAAAUAUGCUUUUCUAUACACCCUCCCUGCCCACAUAUUUUAAACUUCAUGGUUUCUAAAACUAAUUGAAGAUUAUCAAUAUCACUAUCAUUCAAAUUAUAGUGUAAUUUUAAAGUCAGUUUAAUCGACAUUGGACAGUGUAGCAUAACAUGGUUAGGUAUGCUGAUUUACUGUAAACCAACAGCAAAAACAUAAUAUAUAUAUAGGUAUGUAGUUAUAUACAAUAAGUGUGUAGUAUGGAAUUGGAACACAGCAGUGUUUUUUGUCCACCCUGCCGGUAAUAGACCCUUAACAGCUGGUAUUUUGACUAAUCAGCAGUAAAAGCACAGGUGCAACUUAUAACCUUAAACAUGGCUUACUUCCAUUUUGGUGUGCCAGUAAACCGGUGUGCAUCAAACCUCAGCUGUGAAGCUGGAACCACUAAAUGGGAAGUCGCCAUUAUUAAUAAUAUUAGUUAUACCUGUGUUUUGCAAGUCUGUUGUGUGUGUUUAUGUAGCUGUGGUCUCUGGCCAAACCCCUCUGCCAUAAAGGGUGCAGGUCAAAUUCAAGUCAUUUCCUCAAGUGAAAGCAAAGAAAGAGAGAGAAUAAAGGAGACGGAAGACAAUCUGUUGAUGACAAUGGGAAGCAGUGGGUGUUUGGUCUGCGUAAGAGUGUUGGAUCAAGAGUAUCUUUUGGGGAUUGUUGAAGAUUUUAUUUCAUCAUGUUUGAAUUUCAGGGUGCUCUAAGUUCUUACAUGGUGAAUUAUAUAUCCAAGUAAUGUAUGUGCAUGAGUUCUCUCUCUAGGGAUAUAAAGUAUUGGUCCUAUGUGAAUGAUAAUAUCUGUAUCUCACCACUAGCCAAUGAUUGUAUGUUUUUUAUACACCACAUACCAUAUUAUAGCAAGAAAUAUAUGAAUAUAUAAUAUUUAAUCACCAGAAUGUUAUAAUAAGGAAAAGGCAGGACACUUGUUUGGGAAUGUAGUUAGUGAAAUGUUGGUUAUGAAAAUGUGUUAUAUAAGCCUACUGACUGAGAGUCAGUAAGAAUUUAGUCCCACUUUACUGACUGUAUUUUUGACCAAUAGGGAACCAGCAGGGAAUCAUGUAGCCUAGUUAUAUUUACAGAAGAAGAAUUAACAUUGUAUGUUUCAGCUGAUGGCAUAUACACAAUGGGCUUUAAGGUCGUUUCACCACCGCCUUGGAUGAUUCAGAUGACAUAAUUAACCACAGCUAAGCCCCCUCGAAAUCAAUCCAUUACCAGUGCUGUGACUCCAGAAGUAGACAGGCUCUUUGUUCAGCUUUUAAAGACACUAGGGUACAGAAAUGAAUGUGGUUCACUUGCCACAUUUCCCAAUUUUACUUAAAAUUUUAGGCAACAGCGAGAUCUGAAAUCUAGCGUGUUUGCGUUUAGUUUUUUGUUUUUUUCGUGAAGUGAGCUGAAAGACAGUAACCUACCAGCAACCUGUCAGCGUAGGUCAAAGUCUGGACAUUUUCCUACUGUAGCACCGAGAGACCUGUCUCUCUUUCACUAGUCAAUACACACACAUAUACACUGUACACUUUUUCAAAUGCAUUAUCAAAGCUAUUAAAGACAUCAAACCAAAAGAAUCCUCCUAUCAAGGACUAGCUCUCUUUAUAGUUUGAGCCAUGAAAAUCAUGUAGCUUCUAUUUUUUUCUUCCAAGAAAGGAAUUAGAGGACUUGAACUAUAUAAGUGUAGAUAUAUUCUUAUUAAAUGCAGGAAGAGGAGUAGUUCAGCAUCUGACUAGCUCAAUGAUUUUGUGGGUUAAUGCUGAAUUUAUUUAUAAUUUAUUCUGCAUCUUGACAGUAAGGGUGUUAAGAAACCAUGUUAUGUUUGUGUGAAAGAGCUGCUGUACAUGACAGAGUACAUUUCAAGCUGCUCAGUAUUAAAAAAAAAAAAGAUAUGUCAUCGAACAUGCUUUUUAUUUUACACAUGCCAUUUUAAAAAGUAUUAGAGUUCUGUGUUUAUCCUAAACUAUACACAGAUAUGUGCUCAAUUUAACAGAGAGUGUAAGGCUGGAAAGCAGGAGUUGUGUUAUUCUUCCUGUCUUAGUCACUCAGACUCCCUCAUAUAUAUAUAUCUAUAUAUAGAUAUAUAUAUAUAUAUAUAUAUAUAUAUAUAUGCGUUAUAUUUUCUUGUAAACCAAAGUGUUGUUGAUCAUUGUUUGAUCCUGACAAACAUAUUUUAAGAGGACUAUUUUGAAUAUAGAUUUUAUUUUACUUUUUUCCUAGGUAAAAAAAAAAAUCAGCAUAGCCUGUUGUAGGACUCAAAUUCAAUCUAAUUCAAAUUUCCCUGUUCUGGAGAAACAAGAGAGGAUCAUCUCUUUGUUUUUCUCUUGUACAGAUGUCUUGACAUCGAUGCUGAUGGACGCUUUGGGGAAUGGAGCAGAACGCGAAAGGGAAUAUACUAUAAAAUACACAUUUAUAUUGCAAGUGUCUUCUAUUUUAUAUAUAUAAAUAUAGAGAGAGAGAAUCAAACUAUAUCUAAAUUAUAUGAUGGUAAAUGAUAGUUUACUUUGCAGAGGAUCAAAAGAAACCAUGUGAAAAAUCACAUUCAAUUCACAGCCUGCUAAAUAUAAAUGAUUCAUAGUUAUUGGAUGGGUUUUGGAGGCAAAUUGAUUGCAGUGUUUAAACUUUGAUCAGUAUUGAAAAAAUCUUAACCAACCCUCUGCAUAGUGUGCUGCACUGGCUCAUAUUGUUUAACACUCAAACGCUCCUAGACAUGUGUGAAGUCUUCACAGAUCAGUCUUGAGAAAUAUUGGAUUUUUUCACUCGAGAUGGUGGUGAGGAACAAAAAUAUGAUUAAUUUACUUCCUUUUGAAAUGAACCAAAUAGAUAUUUGCUUGCCUGAUAGAUUUAGAAAUAGCGUAAAGGAUUGUUAGAUAUAUAACCCACCCAUUGUGUAGCAACACCUACAGCAGCACCCAUAUGUAAACAUUUAGGACAACUGUUAGUAUUGGAAGGACCUUGAAAGCCUUGUGUUUAUCACUCAUUCCUUCUUUUAUCAGUCAUACACUUAAGUCAGUAAUAACUUAUAAAGGAGAUCCCUGUUUGCACAUGUUAGCAUAUCUGAGUUUGCCACAGAGAUUGCUCUUUGUGUUUACUUUGAUGGAGAAAGCUGCGCCCACAGCUUAUGGAUUGAGGAAAGGAGUUUUGUGUACCAGCUAGUGUUUCUAACAUUGACUUUCUUCAGGAUAUAACUUCAGCUAACAACUCUGAGCUCCUGAGGUGUGGCAGCAGCUUUACGAUGCAGACUUUCUGUCGGUGUUUCUGGUGGUAAAACAGCUCCUCGGUAGAUCCACAAAUGUCUGUGCCUCCCUUCAUCUACUACUGUCUAAUUUUAAUGAUACUUAACUACUUAACAUUGCACACACAAAUGAUGAUUUCAUCCCUUGAACGUGCAGCGAUGCUCAUACAAAUCUGGAAAAUUAAAGUAUUUGAGAGUAUUUUAGACUACUAGUUUAUGUUUGGAUAUUUAGCAUCCCUUAAUGGAAGAAAAUGUCAUCUCAGUUUUGACCACCACUUUCAUAAAGAAUCAGAUUUUAACUCUUAGCCGACACAUAGGAUCGCUACAAACUUUGAUUCCAAGUGGGUUUGUCUCCACACAGAAAGCCACACUUGACCACAGAGAGUUAGAAACAAACAGGUGUUGUAUGCCUGUGUGUGUAAUGAAUGAGUUGACCCAUCUGAGAGCAGUGUCAUGUACAUUAUCAGUGUUUUCUUCCGUGAGUUAUUUCUUGCUGGUUUGGAAACGCCUCUUUAACAGCAUGCAGGCGUUGACUAAUUUUUCUUUACCCAGGCAGGGGGAUGCUGGCCUUUUUCGCCAGCCUGAUGAUUCAAUGGCAGGUGAUCCACAGCUCCAUAUACAGUAGUGUUUGGCGAAGGCUAUCCUGUUCCUUAUUUACUGGGUAAAUGCCAUGGCUAUGUGGCUCUGUCCUCCACUGGUCAGUAGUGUCUUAUGAUCUUGUUCGUAGUCUUAGUUCACUACUCAUGCAAAGUGUUAAAGGGCCUUUGACAGGAUUGAGCUGUUUGUUUGUUUGUCUGUUAUUAUUUUGUAUGGAGAGAGGUUUUCACACAGAGACCAAUUUGUUGUAAUAUUAGUACGUGACGCUACUGUUAAAUGUAGUAUUUAAUAACAGCACUAUUUAUGGUCAAAAUAAAUGAACUUGAGUGUGUAAUUGUACUUGCGGUAGCUUUGGAGGCAGGUGGUCAUUUUGUAACUGUUCUUAAAACAUAAGCCACUCCCCCUCGACUGCGAGGGAUAUCAUUGGUUCGGAGGUUGCUAAGUGACACUGGCCCAACAUAAUUUGGUUUCCUCAGUCACCAUUUGUCUCUUCGGUGACGACUGCAUGGUCUCACAGUUGACAUUCCCUUUUUUUUUUUCUUCUUCUUCUUUUUCUAAUGGAGAGUUCUUGAUUUCAUUUUUGUUCAUUCACUUAAUUUUACAUUUUAGAAAGGGAAAGAAUGCAAAUGAAAUAAAUCUGAAUAUUAAUUCAAUCACUUUUUCUACUCCUAUUUUCAAUAAAAAGUGAAACGAAAAAAACCAAACAAAAAGUUGAUUUGUAAAUAAGUAAUGUACAGUUUGUAUCUGUAACUUGUCAGUCUGUCAUUGGUGACAGAGUCUGUCUUGCUUAUAACGCACGCUACCAGUAAAUAAAAAAAAAAGGAAAAAGUAUAUUUAGACUGUAUGGUCCCUUGAAAGCAAGUUUUAAAUUAAUAUCUGAUGUAUAUUCCUGUAACAUUGCAUUUUUAUCUGAGGAAUGAUGUUAUUAAAAAAUUGCAAAUAAAUUGCAUUUCCUACA